AUGAGAUACCAAUGCUUGGCAUCGUUGGUGUUGUGCGCUGCGGCCGCUAUGCAUAUGGCGAUGCACGCAGAUGCCGCUGGUGCAAACGAUACAGCAGAGAGCGGUGGCAAACCGAAGAGCAGACGCCGUAACCGCACUGAUGCACGCAACAACCCCGACGGUCUCAAUGCGCCCGGGUUUCCCUUUAAGGACCUCAAGCCGUACAUCGAACGUAUGAAAAAGCGCAAAUUGAAGGUCACUAACGCUGCUUCGGGGGACUUAGAUGCUGGUGAUUUGGAUGACGAUCAAGAUUCUAAAGAAGAUGUGUUUUAUGAUGCGGAAGCCGAACUCCAUGGAGUCGAUAUUGUGAUAGAAGCUGUGUCAAACCAGGAGGGCGACUUGGUGUUGACUUGUCCCCCCGGUUAUAGCAUUUCGAUAUUGGAUGCUUCGGCGUUAUGCAACCAUCAUCAUACCGAUUUUAGGUUAGAAGCGUGGGAGAUCUGUAGGACGAGGGACACCUGCGUGAUCCGUUACGACAACAUUGGGCAUUGUUCGUCUGGUUGGACUGGAUUAAAGCUCAGGGCUGUCUGCACUAAAGUGCGCGGCUUCGACUGUUUUCUUUUCAGAGCAGUGCAUAUAAUGGACAAGGAGUUUUGCAAGCACGUGUGUAUGGAGUUUUCCAAAAGGUGCAAGAGAUCCGAUAUGCCCGUUACUAGGGGCCAGCGUCUAGAGUGUCUGACUUCACUUUUCGAAGCCAACAACCUCAACUCCAGGUGCACUUACUUGUUCGAUGGAAUGACUGGCAAGCAGGCGGAGAUUAACAAGGAGGGAUCCGGGUAUCGUCAGUACGAUAUAGGCAUCGUCAUGGCUUCUAAUGUUGUGUGGACAGAGGUAAACUUCAGAAAACCUAUGGACGAUCCGGUUGUAUUUACUUCGGUCCCUCAUGCGGACGGCAAUUACAUUUAUAUGAGCAUAACAGACGUCACAUCCUCUGGGUUCAAAGUUUUAAGCCGAGAGUGGAUAUGCGAUCUUGCUUGCAUUACGUUGAGCACAGAACAGAAACGCACAGUGCAAUGGCUGGCCAUUAAUAGGGGGGACCACUCGCAGAAUUUGGACGAUAUUAUAGGCGCGGGUGUUCUCCGAGUCAAUAACAAUAUCGAAAAUAUUAACCUGCCCAUCGAUCCCAAGAGGUCGUGGAGCGUUCUAGUUCAGGUUCAAGAGCGCCCACUCGGUUUGAGUGACAUGGCAGACAUUCUCAAACCCAAUAUGGCUAUUCCGGUAUUGUAUGACCAGAGAGAAGGUUUCCAUGUGAAACUCAUGUACACGAACGACAUGGGCAAAGAGCACUUUGUGAAGCUGGGUUAUCUCGCCAUACAGAUUAAUGAGACCAAUGAUUUGUAUGGACUGUUUGUGAAGUCUUUUAUCGAUUCCAUGGACAAUCCUGAAUAUGCCGAUAUUGUGCUUUCCAUACCGCCUGCUUGGCCUUACCCCGCCCACGCGUUUGCACAAACCCGCAUGUGGCCAAGGCACAGAGCCGCGGCGUUGAGGUCUGAGGUUUGCUCUCUGCGCAUGAAGGCCACGGUACAAGACAUGACGGGCGUCGACAAUGUCUCCACUUACAAUUUUAGGAUAGACUUCAACCUUGAAUACCUGACUGGAUCGGCCGGCCGUUCCAACCCUCGCAUUGGCGGCUUCACAAUCCAGGACUUUCCCAGCGCAAUUUUGGAGAAGAUAUGCAGAUUUGCGAAGAAAAUAAAUUCUCGAAGCACCAGUCAGCGUUGCUUCGAUUUUUGCAUGGGGCCGCAGGGGCUCAGUAGCUGCUUGGAUGCGGAAAACAUGGCACUCUGUUUCGAGAACAAGCGCAACCAUUGUGUACUGCAGGCUCCUCAUCUGGACCUACUUCUUGACGAAUACGGUGGCUACGUGAGGCACCACAGAAAAGACGUGCCUCUUGCGGUCGCGGAGGCUGACGAUUCCCGUGGCGACAGGAUAUCCAGAAACCCUGGUACCAGCGAUAGGGAUUCCAGGGACAGCACCGAUUCGUAUGUGGAGCCGGAUACCCCGUCUGAGAAGGAGGAAGAGAUGGUUUUGGAGCGCGACUGCAUCGAGGGCCCUUGGGGAGAGUGGUCUAGUUGCAGCAACCACUGUUACUCCGAUACUGUGAAGGCCAAGCAACGCCGCCGUAGACAGAUCUAUGCUGACAGGUUGGGCGGCAACUCUCGCCCGUGCGUGCUAGUUGAUAGCCGCGACUGCGAGGACGUGCCUCCCUGCUCUGAUUUCUGCUACUCCCGUGAGGGCUCUGGCGACGAGAGCACCUUUCAGCAGAAGUUUUACUACAUCUGGUCGCCUAAGUGCCGCAACCCCAAUACGACAUAUAUAAAUGAAAAAGAGACCUUUGGAUACACCGGCGGUUCGCAGUUUGAUACUGUGGGUGUCACCCGUGUGGGUAUUCCGAGCCUGCUCCCUCGGUCACCUGGCUCUGCUUCAUCGAAUUUAGGAGACGCUGCGAGCGGAGGCGACCGUCAGUGCGGCGAUGAGAACAACUGGUCGAAGUGUAAUGCACCUUGUUACUUGGCAACACGUGACCAAGCCAUAGAGUACCUGCGCGCGCCAAUAAAGUGCCUGGACCACCGCCGCCCGUGCACGACGAAGCUGGCAGACUGUCCAACCGAAGAGUCGCUGAGGGCUGUGGAAGAAUUCGGUUCCUGCGUGCUGACUCACGCCUUUUACGAUGCGUCGGCGCAGUCCUGGACAAGAGACGGGGCGUGCGUCUGCGAGGACGGUGUUGCGUGCACGCCGGAGGAGGUAUAUGUUUUGGGUGAUACGUCUGAGCUUAUAUCCACUGGCUCCGACACUCAUCUAGAGCAUGUAGUUCGCGCGUCGCCCUUCCAUCCAUACAUUUCACUGGCGGACAACCACCGCAUUGAGAUGCCUGCGGAGUUGGUACGUGAUGUAACGUAUGGCCUGUUUGAACCUGGCGAGGUUGCAAACUUUUGCACUACUGGCAGCCCUGAGAUCCCGGCGUUCGACCAUAAACUGAUGUGGAUUGACUGCAAUUUGGCCAUGUCCGCUCAGUACGGCCGGGAUCCCCUUUGCCAAGUGCGGUGCGCUCAACUCCGAGAAACAUGCGAACGUGAAAUACCCCGCGACGCCCCAGAAACUAUAGGAGAAUGCGUGAAGGCACGCAUAGUCGAUGCUAAGAGUAACAUAUACGUGCUGAACUUCAAACACCACUCGUGCACCGAGCCCCUAGUGGGGCCGGGUAUUACGAAUGAAGAUCAGGUUUGCGACGUCAAAUCUUGGCUAGAGAGUACCACUCAGCUGUGCGUGCUACUAUGCCGUCGUAUAUUCAACAUGUGCAAGAUAAAAUCGCUGCACGCCUAUGAGGAGAAGGUGCGUAGUUGCAUGUUGCAUCACGCACAACUGAACGACGUUGCGAUGCGUGACGGGACGCCAGUCGAUUUCAACAAGCUGUGCAUUUACCACCACACUAAACUGGUCGGAGGAGGUCUGGUGUACUGCAAGAAGCGCAAGAUAGUGUGCACCUCCGAGGGUUGGGAGCCAUGGAGCGAUUGCUCUGCGAGCUGCAUCACCCUGAAUGAGGGCACCCCGGUCGUCCCCACCCGUCAGCGUAAACGCAAACAGAAGAUACUAACGCCUACCGAAUAUGCACAUUGCUUGAUGAAGGGCGUUAAGUUUCACGAGGAGGUUCCCUGCCUGUGGCUGCCGCAGUGCCCGGACGACCCAUCGAUCCAGGCGGCGAUCGCCCAGACUCGUGCUCGCGUUGCCUGGGACGUCGCGUUUGAUACACCCUGGAACUUGCAGAGCUGGCUAAUGAAGGAUGCCCGUGAAGAUGACAAGGAGGUAACCGAGGACCACAUGUGCCAACUUUACAGUGGGCAGCGCGACAUAUCGAACAACAAGAUCAUUUACCAGAAAAGCCGCUGCUCGUGUCCGCCUCAAAUGAGGGCGUGUACCGUGCUCGAGUCUGUCCACUCUUCCGGUUGGUUCUCCAUGCUGCAGCUGCUCUGCCAGGAGGACUCGAUGCGAUCUGUGCUGUUCAAGCAGUCCAAGGGCUACUACCGCUACAGCUGCCUCAGUCGCACAUUUGUGCGCGAGGAUUUUGAAGCGCACAAGGAGCUCUGCAACGAGGGUGACGGCACAUCGUUCGUGAGUUGCCAGGGUCCUGCGCACAGUACGCAUGUCUACAUCUUCGCCGUGCUGUCUCUGGUGAUGGGCGCGCUCACCGCUGCGCUCAUCUUCACGUACACGCGCAGCAGGUCGUCUUUUGUCUGA